GUUGUUGUACAUUAGCGACUAUCAGCAGACGCGAACGGAGACGCAUGAGAAACACCGCGUGAAAGCCGCGAAACAGUGCGAGGAGCCAGCAAAGGUGUGCUUGAGAAUCAAAAGUGCGGAAAGGAGGAAACUUCACACAAACUAUGGCCGUAUCAGCAACUCCCCCGGUGCUUUCGCCGACAUCCACUCCCGGGGGCUCGAGCAGCCUCUUCCGUCCCGACUCUCUGUACUCCAGCCCGGCCGAGUCCCCGCGACUGACCAGCAGCAUGAUCAACUCUUUCAUCACCGGCACCGGCGGCGGCGGCAGCGCUAACGGCAACGGCCCCGGCGGCGUAAAUAACAACGAGUGUAAGAUGGUGGAGGUGCACGGGGUGAAAGUGGCCUCGUUCACCGUGGACGGCCAGGAGCUCAUCUGUCUCCCGCAGGUGUUUGACCUGUUCCUGAAGCACCUGGUCGGCGGGCUGCACACCGUCUACACCAAGCUGAAGCGGCUGGAUAUAUGUCCGGUGGUGUGCACGGUGGAGCAGGUGCGGAUCCUGCGCGGACUCGGAGCCAUUCAGCCGGGCGUGAACCGGUGCAAACUCAUCACCCGAAAAGACUUUGAGGCGCUUUAUAACGACUGCACCAAUGCCAGUUCUCGGCCCGGUCGUCCCCCCAAGCGAUCACUCGGUGUGGCAAUGCAGGACAGCUCUCGUCUGCUCCCUCACAGCGUUCACGGCCUGCUUUCACCCGGUCUGCUUUCCCCGACAGGUCUGACAGCAGCGGCCAUGGCAGAAGCUAUGAAACUUCAGAAAAUGAAGCUGUUGGCCAUGAACAGCAUUCACGGAGCUGGAAGUCAGAACGGUACAGAGUCAGAGACAGAAGAGCUGAACUCCAGCGCGGGCGGUAGUGAGUCUUCCUGGGAUAAAGAGAAACUCCAGUCCCCCCCCUCCUCCGGAGCUCAGCACGGUCUGGCUCACGCCGGGCUCUCCGCUCAGCACGGCCUGUCAGGGUCUCAUCUCUCCUCCCUACAGCAGAGUCAUCUUCUGGCUAACCGGCUUGACCUGCCGUUUAUGAUGAUGCCCCACCCCCUGCUGCCCGUCAGUCUGCCGCCUGCCUCCGUUGCCAUGGCGAUGAACCAGAUGAACCACCUGAACACCAUCGCCAACAUGGCAGCGGCCGCUCAGAUGCACAGCCCCCUUUCCAGAGCAGGAGCGUCUGUCAUCAAGGAGUGUGUUCAGGACAGUCCAUCUCCUACCCCAUCUCUGGAGGAAGGCCCUCGUCCCGGAUCACAGCCCUCAUCACACCCCAGCAGCAGUGUGUCCAGCUCCCCGAACCCACACACACAGAGCCCUGAACGCCUGGUUCUGAACCCGACCGAUGGAGAACUGCCAGAACGAGACACGGGCAUCAAUAUGAAGAAAAUCCUUAAAGAAAAAGAUGAGGCUCAGUUAGCAUUGCCCAUCCAGAAGCAGGGAUUCGAGAAACUUCCUCUGGGCUCUCAGCAACUUCCACCAGGCUUCCCCGCACCCUUCUUGUUUGGAGACGGCCUCUCUUCCGUGGAGACGUUGCUCACUAACAUCCAGGCGGCUCAGGGUCUGCUGAAGGUGGCCGUGGAUAAUGCCCGUGUGCAGGAGAAACAGGUGCAACAGGAACGCAAGGAGUUAAAGAUGGAGCUGUACAGAGAGAGAGAGAUAAGAGAGAGUCUGGAGAGACAGCUCACCUCUGAACUGCAUAGCCGAGCAACUAUUCAGAAGCGUCUAAAGAAGGAAAAGAAGGCAAAGCGGAAACUGCAGGAGGCUUUAGAGUUCGAGUCCAAGAGGAGAGAGCAGGUGGAGCAAGCUCUCAAACAGGCCACGUCUCCCGAGAGUCUCCGCAUGAGUCUGAACGAGGCAGUGAUACCAGAGGUGAAGUCUGAACAUAAUGGCAACCAGCAGGAGAAUUCAGCUGUACAAGAAAACAGACCCUACUCCAAACCUCCAAUCAUGUACUGAAACCUCUGGCUUUUUCAGUCCCACAGUGGAGACAGACACCCAGCUUACCCCACAGACAGACUGGACUUAGACAGAGAGGAUUGUGGGGCUUUUCCCCAGAAGAGGGCGGUGCGGGUGUUGAAUAGCAGUCACCUGAAACUCGUGUACAGGACUUGAGUGUGUAUGUAUGUAUGUGUGUGUGUGUUGAGGUGCAGUGCGUGAGACACCUGUGUCUGUGUCUGGAGCACUGCUUGUUGGCGACCUUCAACACACAAACUUGUAAAAAGAUCUCUCUCUUUUUGACUACUUCUACAUCCAACACUUUUUGAGACUAUAAUAAUUGUUUAUUCCGAAUAAAACUACAGUAAUGGAUAACUUAUCUUUCUGUGAAGCACACCAAACCACCCUCCUAUUAUUAUUAUUAUUAUUAUUAUUAUUAUUAUUAUUGGGUGUUAUCUGCUGAUCCCCAUGAUUCUGUGCACCAGUGAUUCUGAACAGCACAACAGUCAGUAGACGUUUGUCCACAGCACCUCUACAGGGAUACAAGAGACGAAUGGUGUGGACAAUGAUGAAAGGACUGCAAAUCAAAAGUGUGCUUCUUUAAUAAACAUUGUCUAAAUUUGUUGUUUUGUCUGUACAUGAAAGGGACUCUAUAUCAACAUACUUCCUUUUUCUAAUUUGUUGUAUUUUUUUAGAAAGUGUAGAAAUGUUUUUCUUCCCCAUGUUUAUUAUCCUGGUGUUUAUUUUGUUAUCUGGUUUGUUGUUUUCAUCGUACUUUAAUCAGCAUUUCAAACAGAUGCUUAAAUGAUCCUGAAAGACGUCCUCUGUACACCUUUGUAUUCUUUAUUUUGCCCCGCAACAAUGUUUUCCCUAUUUCUCCUUAACUUAAAAAGUAAAGUGUUCAUUUGAUGUUCCUAUAAACACAGUAUUACAGUACCCCCCCUUCUUGUUUUUAACUUUGUUUAUAUAAAGACUUGUAAAAAUGCUUUAGCGUUUGCUAUCCUGAUGUUGUUAUUAUGUGGAUACGUUUUUAGUGACGAAAAAGAUAAGAGACGAGAAUUACCCUUAUGCACAUUUGAAGCGAGCAUGCUUGUAAAUACAAUGAUGACAAAUGACACGUAUCAAUUGAAAAUUAAACGCUGCCUCUUCAAAUCUAUUUUUAAACAUUUGUAGAGACUCCAUAGGUAAUGUAAUCACAAAUCGGCAGCUAUCAAUGAUGUUGAACCUUGUUUUAAAAUGGCGACGGACACUUAUUACAGCCUUGCACAUGCCACAAUGAAUAAAACACCCCUAUGGACAUCUUGGUAGGUUUUCAUUUUGUUUUCCUUGAGUAAUAAAACUGAAAUGGAAACA